AUGAACUUAGAGACUGAGGAACAACAAGUUUCUGGAACACCACUGAUUGAACCCUCUAAAGACCGUGAGCUGGAUACCUUUGAAGAAGAGGUCGAAGAGCAACAAACUUCUGGAACGGAAGCCAUGAACAUCUAUGGUCCCGAUGUCUUGGAUGAUCAAUCUCAAGAGCAACAAAUUAUUGAAACACCAACUAUUGAACCCACGAAAGACCGCGAUACUCUGGACAAAGAGAUUACAUCGAGCCUGAGGAGCAACAAGUUAUUGAAAAAUCAUCUUGUUGAGCCGCUGGAAUACUCUGGACAGUCGGACGAAGAGCAACAAGUUGCCGUACAUCCAUCAAGUGAUUCGGCAAAAGUGAUCGAAAUAGGUGAGAAAAUCUUAGAAAUCCUGCCCGGUAUCGUCGAACAGUUGUCAAACAUUGAAACACUGAUUGAAGACGUUGAAAACGAUCCGUUAGAACGUUCUCAAUCGCAAGAAGAAGAGUCGACGAAAGAACGCGGAGAUGAAUGGAAUACGUUAACGGAACAUCGCGAAUCUGUGGCCCCAACAUUGGGCGAAAACACAACUGGUCCUCCUAUAGACGACAUUCAAAUUAUGGAACGAGUGGCUCGAUUAGUCUCGGAUCGAGUCACAGUGGGCCAAGAGGCCCAACAGGAGGAGCUCAACACCGAAUGGCAAGAAAUCCAAAAACUGCUUGACAAUCGGCUGUCUGAUCAAUUGAGCCAAAGUGCUGACUCCUCAACGCAUACGUCUAGCGUUCGUUACCUAGCGACUGUGACCCAAGUCACUGUCGAUGAAACAGUGGAAGAGCGUACCGUCAAAUUGAACGAUAACUUGGCUGCACUCAAAACAGCUGUGCAGCGCCGCGAAGUGGUUGUCAUCCAACAAAUUGUCAUCACCAUAGUCCGCACAGUCACCGAAUGGUUGGAAACGAUUGAAUAUCGAGUUUACACCAUCAAACAAACCAAGAGCGUGGAGCGACGAACGGAACAGAUUCAAAGCCUCUGUGAAGAAGUCCGUGUUGUUGAAGAGAGUCUCAACACGCUGGAAGAGAUUACAGAGAUGGCAGUCGAGAUAGUCAACGAGGAUACCAAAAUCUUGUUGCACAAGUGCGUCAAAUCACUCAAACAACAAGUGCAAUCCGUAAGCGAAGUGACGAAGCGAAGUGAAGGUGAAAUUGAGCACAUCCGGCGUCAAUGGGCUGAAUAUUUGGAUCAAAUUAGUAACGAAGAAGAUCGUAUUAAAGAGCUCAUGCAUCAACUCCGGAUGCUACAGUCGACUGAGAAACUGCCCAGUCAAGAGAAGCUUGUCCAGCUUGAAGAUAUAGAAACAGCAGUGCAGGAGCGACUAGAAGGUGUGACCCAAUUACUUCAUUCCGGACACGAAUUGGUCAAGGAAACGCCUUUCUAUGAAAUGCCUGACAGCGCAUAUGCCCUGCUGGAUACCAUCAAAAGUGUGGAAGAGACCGUGCGAGAUGAGCGCAACGUUUUGCUACACAAAGCCGCCUUGACGGCCGAGUAUCGUCAAACGUUACAAGAAUUCGCCGAAAUUGUUCGACUUUCUGAAGCGCUGUCUGCUAGCAAAUUGGCGGCUCGAAAUCCACCGGAAGCUUCGCAAGAACUGGAGAAAAGACAGCGAUUCCUUUUCUGUCUCAGCCAUUUCUUGCAGGUACUCGAUACCCUCGAACCUCAUCUCGACCUAGACACUCGUUCUCUGUGCCAAGACCUUCACGCAGAGCUCGUCGUUCAAGCUGGAGCCAUAUUGGAUCGAGCUGUUAACCGCCAAGAGAUUGUCGAAAUGACUUUGGCUUCUUGGAAUGUCUUGGAAUUGCAAUGGGCCCAAGAAGACGAAUGGUUCCGUCAGCUUCAGAUACCAGACAUUUCCAACAUCAGAAGUGAAAUGAUUGCGGAUCUGACAGAAUCUAUUAAGGAUGUUCUGGAGUCGAUGGAACAUCAUCGAUCAGUAGCCGCUCAGCUGGUAGAGUCCACUAGAAGUUUGGAUUGCCUGUUUUCUGAUCCUGGAUUGGAAGCCAAAUUCCAGGAACGGAUUGUGCAAUUGCAGCAGAUGAUCAACGACACCCGAGCUACCCAUCGUCAACUGUUACUUUCUGCCGAACAUUGGAACCAAUUCCGGGAGUUCGCUUCCCAUAUUGAACCAUGGCUUACGGAGGCGACGGCCCAGCUGCAAAUGUUAGUGAAUAAAGCUGAAAGAGGUAGAGUGAGCCAUGAAGACUGCCUGCAAUAUUGGGUGGUAAGGACUGAAGCUGAAGAAAAGCAACAGGAGUGGGUGCAAGCAAAAACGCAGCUGGACAGGGCCAUUGCACUCGUGUCCGUUGUAGACGAAGACGAAAAUCGUCGAUUCUGCGUAGAAAUAGACGAGUCUUGGAUUCAGCUGGAUCGCGAGCUUCAAUGUGUCGAAAAAGCUUUGCUCCAAGGCUUAGCCCAGCAAGAAGACAUCCCGCUAGAAGACCGAUUGAUUUGCAUCGAAUGCUCACACGCUAGAAUUCAGAGUGCGUUGGAUCAACUACCCGUCAAGUAUGGUAGUCCUGAAGAAACCACAACCCGUCGGAAAGAACUACAAGCUUUUUACAAUUUUACCGAGUGGCAGCUGAAAGAGAUAUCUGCCCUUGGGGCUUCAAAUCCGCACCUGGCAGCUGAUCGCGCAGAACAUUUGGGCGUACUGGCCAGAAGGACCAAAGAAAUGAGAAACGCCAUUAAUCAGCGGUUAGAGAGGUUGCGUCAAGUUCACCAGUGGAUGAUAUCCUUCCAGCGCUUGUACAGCGUCACCUCUCGGCGUCUCCAGGAGGUCUUCAUCUGCCUGCAAAAGGCGUCUAUUUAUAGAGAUCCCUUGUGGCUGGCACAAGCAGCCCAGCUGUGUGAGGAGAGUGAACGUGAGCUGCAGUCGAUUGAAGUCGAAUCCGCCAAGUUGCAACGUCACUUGGAAGUUUGCCCGAAAGAUGGCGUGACUGCCGUCGUAGACGAGACCAGCUUCUUGGAGUCGCUUCUACAGCUGGACCGCUCACGACAACGAUCUCGCGAUCUGUUGCAACUGACGCGGGCCUCCGUAGCCGAUCGGCUGGAUCGUUGGAGGUUAUUCGAGAAUUCUGUGAAUCGUGUACUGUCCCUCAUCAAACGGCUCAAAUAUGCCAGAAACAUGGCCUCGCUCAAAGGCUCUGUCGAUCUACAGCGCCUCCUCUCUGCAAAACAAUCGAUAGAGACCAUACACGAGGAAUUGACGACCAAUCAACAUUUAGUGAGCGAAGUGGGACGGUUAGCCGAACCGUUUGAACCGCAAGCCGGUGAAACAGCCGCCGAUAUCGCAGUGCAGUGGACAGAGUUGGAAUCCUCUCUGGAUCGUUUGUCUCAUUGUUACGGACAUGCCGCUGCUGACUGGAUGGGCAUCGAAGCCGAACUGGAUGAUAUACAACAAUGGUGUUCGAAUAAGUUAGAGUGGACUCAACACAGCGUUACACCUGGAGAAGAGGACGAAACCUUGGCACAAAUUCAGGCUAUCGGCGAGGAGCUGUUAGUACAACAGGAACGUCUUGAACGCGGCAGAUCGGCGGCUAGUGAAUUGGGCCGCUCUAUCGCCAUGAGUCCCGUCUUUGUGGAUAAUUCCAUCUCUAUGGUGGGCGCGGAUGCCAAUUCAGCGGCUAUACCCGUCAGUUUGGCUUCCACGGCUGAACAUGUCGCCCAACAACUGCAGUUAUUGCAACAGUCCAUGACUGUGCUGGCUGAUAUCGCCGAGAGGCAGAGCAAUGCCUUCAGCAAUUGCAACGGCACAAUCCUCUCAGCAGAAAAACUCAUUAAUACCGCCCGACAGACGCUGUGCACCGUGGAGGAAGACGCUGCUGGGGAACGCAUCGAAGACCAAUUGGUUGUAUUGCGUGAUCAAUUACUGCAACUCAGCCCCACAGAGCAGCAACUGAACAGUGCACCCAUUAGUGAACAAUUGCCUGCUGUGGUGGAGAUUAGACCGCAGGCUGCUCUUUGCGCGACAACCUCGACCAUUCAAACCACUUUACAACAAUGGGAAAUCAUUUUCCAGAAGACGUUCGCAGAGUAUGAGAGACUAUUGAACAAGCUACAGGAUCGCUGCGACGAAUCCGCAACCGCCCAAGUCUGGCGUGACCAUCUUGAUCAAGCUGAAAAAUACCUUAGUCGUUCGCUACCCGAUCAAUACCUAUCCACCUGCGAAGAUCGGGAUUUGUGCGAGCUGCACGAGAAUCUUCUGAUACGUCAUCAUUCAGUCUUCCAUUCGACUCAAUCCAGCAAUGAAACACGAGAGGUGGAAGCGACUGAAACCACGGAAGAAGUCAUUGAGCCGAAAGUUGCGUGCAAUCUCCAGGGCUUGCAUCGGGCGGUCCUCACGCGCAUCCGCCUACGUCAUGCCGCCCUCAGUGACAGAGCUUUAGCGUGGGAACAAUAUCGCUCUUCACUGUCAAAACUUUUGACAUGGCUGGAUGCCGCCGAACGAGAACGCAAGCACCUUGUCCUGCGCCAAAUCCAGGAACACGGUUUACCGACCGCUUUGCACCGAGUGGAAGUUUUAUUGGACAAGAUAGGACAGGGCCACAGGAUCCAAGUCGAGCUUGACAGAGCCGCACGCCAGUUGUUGGAGAAACUCGGCGACGAAGAAAGCGCCUCGACAGUUCGGGCCGAUCUUAAAUCAGCUGCCGCCCGUUUAACGGAUUUAGACGCUGGAUUACGAACGUGGCGCGAUUUCCUGGAGAGAGUUGCCCGACUUUAUCAGAAUUUGGAAAAAGGUGUUGAAGGCAUUCGCCAACAGCUUCAGUCGGUGCAAAGCGAUUUGGUGGCUGAGAACGAACUGCCCUCAUCUACCGAAGCUGUUUCAGAACUGCUCCAACACUACAGAGAACAAUUACUUAUGGUGCAAACUUUGUCUUCCGACGUGGAGAAACAAGAAGUCGUGGCCGGUGAAAUUCGUUCUUGUGUCAACAUUCCCGAUGCCAAGCGUAUUUGGCAGCGCCUUGCCGCCCUUCAAAUUCGACGUUGUGAAACAGAAGAUCGCCUCAAUUCACUCAUUCAAAUGCUCGAGGAUCAACAGGACUGGCCCAAAGUUUUUGAGAUGCGAUACGUCCGCUUCGUCAACUGGGCAUCUACCAUGGAACAACGGCUAUUGCAAAAACAACGUGCCUUAGUGGACGAUAUGGUACAACGGCUGUCUGGUCCUUUACGAGAUGAGCUAGCGGCAAAAGAGAGUGAACAUCGCUGGUUGGUGGAUCAAGGCAGAGAAUUGAGUCUCGUUUGCGGUAAUCAAGAGCGAAAAGACGAGAUUCUUAGCAAAGUGGCCAACGUCGAAGAGAUCUGGAAGAAACUAAUGGAGACGUGGAACCAUGAGCUACAGCGUCUGCAACAGCUACCUACGGAUUUAGACGGACUCAACAAUAGUCUAGCGGAAUUGACCGUCUGGCUGGGUCAAACUGAGGCAGCAAUCAACGCCCCAUUAACCAUUUCCGCUUGCAAUUCGGCUGCUGUUGAGAGCCGACUUUCCGAGCAUCGUAAUCUGGAGCAGUCCAUCGAGCAAAAGCGCCCCAUUGUUGCAUCCGUCUUAGAUCUGUGCAACAGUUUCACCGUCAAUUACACCUUACUCCACGGAUGGCUGGGCCCUGAUCUGGAUGCAGUACAAUAUGCCACUCAAUCCCUCCAGCGACGUUGGAAUUCCAUUUGCCAAUUAGCGAGUGAAAGAUCUGCACUUUUACAAUCCUUGUGGCCUGACUGGUCAGCUGUACUGGAAUUGCACGGCCAGUUGGAUCAGAUCAUGUCUGUUAUAGAACUUUCAACACCUAAUGACACCAGUGGAGCUUCAUCGUCAUUCGAAGUGGAACAGCUGAGUACGCUUCUAGAGAAUCUUAUUCAAGAACUCCAUGCGCCUUUCACCCGCCAAAAGCUGGACCAACUUAAUGAACGCUACUGUAUCUUGGCUCGAGACGGGCGCCUCGACGCUUCCGGUGAAUUGCAGCAAAUGGUAGCUCGUCUGAACGCUAGAUGGAGGGAUCUAUCUGAUAGAUUAUCAAUGCUCCUUCAAACGAGUAGAAAUGCAACUUCAUUGAUUCACCAUUGGCAGGGAUUGCGCGAUCGGCUUUUAGUUUGGUGUUCGCACUGUGAAGUACAAGUUCAACAACUGGAGAGCAAUACCUUAUCGGGAGAGAGCGAUCCAGCCGAAGUACUAAGGCAGCUAGCAGAAGAUUUGCAAGUGUUGGAGAAUGCCCGAGCUGAAAUUAGGGAACUCGGACGAGCGCUAGUUAAGCAAGGGACAGCUGAUAUGCAAUCACAAUUGGAUGAUUAUCUGAAAACCGAAGAUGUAGUCUUGUUAAAAAUGGCACAAAUGCAAGUCCGGCUAGCUGAAAAAGAUCAAGAGCGCCAAAUGGCUACUGUCAUGGCCGGGGCUGGUGCCCAGAAUUUUAGCAUGUGUGAUUCUGGUGUCUACAGCUAUGCUUUGGAUAACGAUGCUCCUCGAGGAUCAGCCACAGCGGCUUUCGACGAUAGCGCCAUUAGCUUAUCGCUUCCAGACGCCCGGAACACUUCCGUUUCGGUGGGAACUAGUACGUCUCCAUCAAAAGUCAUUCCACCUAGACUGGCGGAAGAUAACUCAUGUGUCAGUACCCGAACUGCUACAUCCCCAUCCCGCGUCACCCCAUCUAGACCGGUGGAAGAAAUUCGUGUAACAGCAGCCCAAACUGGUACAUCUACAUUAAAGGUACCCCCAGUUAGGCCCAUUGAAGAGAUUCGUGAAGAGGCUACGGGAGCCAAACAGCGCACGUAUGCCGAAGUUGCGAAAACUGCCGUCGUGUCUUCCACCAAGCGAUCAACUCCACCUCCUGUGUCUAUCAAAUCGGAUACUCAAAGGCACCUGGAAUUAGCUCUAGACGAAUGGAGACAAAGAUUAGCUCGUCUCGAUCAUUUGAUCAAAACAUCCAUCAGUACUGAACCAUCCACCGACGCAGCGAACGAAAUUGCACGAAUGGUAGCCACCUGCCGGUCGUCCCAUGAUUUAACUCAACAUCUGUGCAGCCGUCUCGUAUCAGAAUCAUCAUUAACCGACUCCAAGCAGCUGGAAGCGCUUACCAGACAAACGUCCGCCUUACAGGACGAAUUCCAACAGCUUGAAAUGCUGGCCAAAUCAAAAGAGCGCAACUUACGAGAUGAAAGGAAAACAUGGGCUCAACAAGAGCAGGAUCUUUGGCGACUGGAACGAUGGCUGGAACAUGCCGAAAACCAAUUCCGUGCUCACGAACGCAUUCCGACCAACAUGGAGCAGCUAGAAGAUACCGUCCAGGAUUUCCGAGAGCUCUCACUCGAUUUGGAUAGCCACAAGAACAUUGUAAUGUCGCUGAACAUUGUCGUUAACCACGUAGCCGAACACGCUGUAACGGCCGAUCAGCGAGCUGCCGAUCGUCUUCGAAGCCGAUUGGCCGCCGCAAAUAGCCGUUGGGAUGCUGUCUGCAAGUCCGCGGCUCGGAUCCAAGGCCGACUACAGUCUUCCCUCAUGCAGAAUGAAGAGUACCAUCGCACCAUUCGCGACUUAGUUAGCUGGUUAGAAAGGACAGAAGCUGACAUUCAAAGCGCCGAACCGAUCGAUUUGACCGUGGGCAACAAACAACUGAAGGCCCAACUAACGAAGUUCCAGGAUUUAUACGCCCAACUGAGCCAAUUUGAACCUCGAGUGACGUCCAUGCGGGAAAUUGCCGACCAAGUUUUUGCACAGUCUGUGGAAGCGGAUAGUGCCCAACUUAGGUCCAAACUGGCCGUUUUGAACGAUCGUUUGACUUCCUUGCUAAAGAUUUGCGGCCAAUACAAGCAAUUGCUAGACGGGGCUCUACGUAACCGAGGAGCUUCCGUUUCUCCUUCGACUCCUUCUGGGUUGAACCUGAGCGGAAUGUCGUCGCCCGGAGUCAAAUCCCCGCGCCCGUCUAUUGUUGUUUUGCCAUCCACCGAGUCGCCUUGUCGGUCGCCAUCUCCGAGAGUUCCCCGCGCCUCGUCCAUGGACGAGCGUUCAUUCACCAGCACUGUCCAUUCCAAUUUUGCUGCUGCGACUGCUUCCGCCCGGACACCGGAUCGGGAAGAAGCCAAUGGAAGUGCUGCUGCUGCGGCUGCCGUGGACACGAGCGUAUUGCAGCGCGGCUAUCGCUUCUUCGGCCGGGUGAUCCGCACCGCACUGCCCAUUCAGGCAGUGAUGCUUCUGGUCCUCGGUGUUGCUUCCCUAGUACCUAAUAACAAUUCUUGCAUGGAUGCCAAUACGUUCGUCGAUUCGCUCGAGUUCGUACUCGGCUAUCCGGAUGGAGCCCCGCCUACUUAGGAAAACCCGCCUUCACAAAUCUUUUUUUCGUCUCUUCACUUCUACUGCUCUCUCAUCACUUCCUUCCUCGCGCACCUUUUAAUUGAAGGCUGCUAUAUCAAUGUCAUUGAUAACGAUGAAAAGAAAACUUAUCGCCGGUGCUACGCUAGACAUUUCAAAAAGCCUUUUGUGAACCGAAGGUUUAAGUAGAAAUUCUUUAUUUAUCUUAGACACACCGUCGAGGAUAAUGUUGCCAAAAUUUGCGCGUAAACUGUCAAUGCGCUUUAAGUAGAAACUAUUUAGAAAAACAAAAAAAUUGAGUGGAGGUUCGUCGUCGCCUAUAAUUUAUCCAGAUUGCGAAUGUAUCGCACUUACACGGAGGGAAAUGAUUCACUUUGAAAGAAAAAAAAAUAAGAAAAAAAAAAAAUUAUGAAACGGGGAAUGAGAGACGGUGAUAGAAUUUCGUUCAAAAUUCGCGUGUCGAACCUGGUUGAUGAAGAAGAGAAAAGGCGUAAUGAAAAAAUUGACUACUAAUGCUGCCCAGCAAUCUAAUAUAAGUAUAUGUCUAAAACACACAUUUAAAAAUCUAUGAGCGUUACAAAAUUCACAAUACGUGCUUCGUCAAUUCGGUUGUGCUGUGUGUGUGCGUGUGUGUAUUGUGUUCCGUCAGGAACUGGAAGUUUCAAAGCUAAUCCGGCCAUAUAAAAAUUCAUGUUUUGUUUUGUUUUUUUUUUUGUUUUUCCGGGAGAAAAAGAAUCAAACAAAACUUGCCACACGGCGGAGUGGAACACGCCUGUUGUCGACUUUUGUUUUUCUGACUCGAUAUUGAAAUCUUUGAAGACACAAACUAAGAUUUCUAAAUUGUCUGUAUUUCUCCUUGAAUUUCUACCCCACAAUGAAACCCAUGUGUCCUUUACAAUGCUGCGUGCUAGAUUCGUUACUUUCUUAUAGACUCUGCCUCUAGUCUCUUCGGUGUAAUCCUCCCUUUCAUUGGUUUUCUUUUUACGAGAUUUAACAUAGUUUUUCUUUCUCUUCUCACUGCGCCUAACCCCAAAAAGACAUUUACUGGAUUUGUGAGAAAUACUGUUGUUUUUGUUUUCUUUUUUCUCAUUAUUAUACACUAUUAUUUUUUUCCCCCAAUCAGCAACUAGCUCUAACCCACUAUGUCUGUUGUUACAUAAUGUAUCGCCUGACACGUCGUAAUACCAUAUUAUUGGCCACUAAGACGUAAAUUUUUCUUUUGGGAGAACGUUUGCGGCAGCCAGCUAGGCAAUCGCCGACGAAGCAUCAAUAUUCAAAGUGUUCGUCGCAUGUAAUGGCGAAAGAAAAAGAAAGUGAUGUUGAAUACACGUUGAUUUAUUCAUUAUAAA